AUGGUAUUUAAGAAAGGGGUUAAAAAAAAUACCACCAAAAGUGCUGGAAAGGAAAAUAGCAAAAGUCAAGAAAAUGAAGAAACUGGUGAAACUGAUAACUCUGAGUUAAAUAAUAAUCAAAUGACAAGUGAUCAAAAUAAUCAAAACAAUAUUUUAUUAAUUGGUGAUGAUAACUUAUCAUUUUGUCAGUUUAUUAUUGAGGCAUAUCCGGUCUCAAAUCUGUAUAUUGCAAGUAUACUUACUGAGCUUGAAAUUAAUUAUAUGCUUCGAGAUUUAGAAAGGAAAAAAAAAAUAAGAGAAAAAAAUGAACAUAUAGAAGAAUCAAAUAAAAAUUCAAGGGCAUACUUAGAUACAGAAAUAGUAGACAAAGAAAAAAAUGAACCUUUUUAUUAUACUAAAAAAUUUAAAGAAAAAUAUGCAAAUAAAAAUCUCCAUCUUAUUUUUAAUACAAACUUAUUUGCUCUAAAAUCAUAUUUCCCAACUAACUUUUUUCAUACCAUAUUUUUGAUUUUGCCUGGAAUGUCCUAUAACAUAAAAGAAAAGGGACUUAGAUAUAGUGACCAAAUAACUACACUCAGAUUAUAUUAUUUUGUUAUUUCAAUUAUAAUAGAAGUUAUAAAUGUGUCUAUAAAAAAUGUACAAGUUCAUAUAUUAUGGACAACGGAAAAACUAAAAAGUUUAGUGGAAAAUAAUAAUAUUGCAAAAUCUGAAAUCAAUAAAGAAGAUUAUGAAAAAAAUAGUAUAACUAAUACUUUAACAUCUCUUAAAAAUUUAGUUUGCAAUACCGAUUGUGGCAUGGAAAAUUCUGAAAGUGUGAAUCAAAUUUUAGAAGAAAAGGACCCAACUCAAUUGAAUAAGGAUAUUGAACAUUCUGAAAAUUUUUAUGAAGAGGAAGAUGCAGAUGAUAACAAAGUAGAUGUAAAUGGUAACGAAAUAGAUGUAAAUGGUAACGAAAUAGAUGUAAAUGGUAACGAAAUAGAUGUAACUGGUAACGAAAUAGAUGCAGAUGAUAACGAAGUAGAUGUAAAUGGUAACGAAAUAGAUGUAAAUGGUAACGAAAUAGAUGUAAAUGGUAACGAAAUAUAUGUAAAUGGUAACGAAAUAGAUGUAACUGGUAACGAAAUAGAUGCAGAUGAUAACGAAGUAGAUGUAAAUGGUAACGAAAUAGAUGUAAAUGGUAACGAAAUAGAUGUAAAUGGUAACGAAAUAUAUGUAAAUGGUAACGAAAUAGAUGUAACUGGUAACGAAAUAGAUGCAGAUGAUAACGAAGUAGAUGUAAAUGGUAACGAAAUAGAUGCAGAUGAUAACGAAGUAGAUGUAAAUGGUAACGAAGUAGAUGCAGAUGACGACGAAGUAGAUAUAAAAUUAUCAAACGAUCCUAACAUUUGCUUGGACGAGGAGAAUUUAGAUGCAGAAAAUGAUCAAGAAGAACAAACACAGAAAGUGGACGAAACAGAUGAAUCUGAUUGGAUCGAUGAAUCUGAUGAAGUAGAAAAUUUUGACGAUGAAGAUAAGGAUGAACUUCUCGAUCUCUUCAAUCUGAAAAAUAAUAUUGUCACGAAAACUGUUUCAGAAUUAAAUGAAAUGGAACAAGCUGAAAAUGACCAAAUAAUUUAUUUUGUUGAAAAUAAAAUUAAAGAAGAACCAUUGAUGGUAAACAUGUGUGGAUUCCCUCUUCUUUACGAGAUAGAUUUGAACAAACUGAUGCAGCUAUUUAAUUUUGAGUCGGAAAAAAAUGAAGAUGCAAAUAAAGGUGAAUCAAAUGGAGAAGUAAAAAAAGACGAAUCAAAUGCAGAAGCAGAUAAAGGCGAAGAUCCAAAAUUAAAUCUCAAAAUAAAUAUUGACCCAAAUGAGCUAAGCAAUAAAUUUAUCCCUAUCAUAUAUGGAAAACAUUUUAUAUAUAACAAUUUUUUGAAAAAAUGUAAAUUUUAUUCAUUUAUUUUGAAAAAAAAAAAAAAAAUAUUAAUACCAGAAGAAUUAGCUAUUAUAAUGCAAAAUAAUAUAACAGGAGAAAAUUAUAAUAUAGAAACUUAUAAAGAUCUAAAAAAAAUAUAUUAUUCUAAUUUUAAAGAAAUAAUAAAAACAUACAAAACAAUAAAAGAUCAAGCACAUCAUAUUUCAAAUAUUCGAUAUAAAUUAUAUUUACAUAGAAAUCAACAAGAAGAUAAAAAUAAUAAUAUUACAAAACAAUAUAUGCCUUUUCAUAUUUUUCAAACUAAUUUAAAUAUGACAAUAAAACAUAAAAUAAUUUUAGAUGAAUUAUGGAAAAAAAUAUUUACUCCUAUUCAUUUUGCUCGUGCAAAUGAGGAUAUAAAUAAAUAUUUUGAAUUUUUUAUUUUUUCAAAAUUUCCAAAAAAUAGAACAAUUCAUAAAAUAAAUAAAUUAUAUCUUAAAUUUAACAUAAAUAGAAGAAUACAUAAUGAUAAUAAUACAAAAUUCAGUUACAUACAAAAUUAUAAAAAUAAUAAUAAUCAUUAUAUUAUUAAUGAUAAUAAAAAUAAACCACCUUUGCUCCCAACACCAGGAAAAGAUAUGUAUAAAAAUUCAAAUUAUGAUAAAUCUAAAUAUAAUAUUCAUAAUGGUUUCAAAAAAAUAAAUAACGUUUAUAAAAAUACACCUUAUAAUACUAGUGGUAUAUAUAAUAAAAUGUACAAACAUGAUAAACCUAGAAACAUUUCAAAUAAUUAUGAACAUAAAAGAGACAUUAAAAAUAGGAGUUAUGGUCGUGUAGGUGAAAAUACACAUAGAUCGAUACGACCAAACAAUACUAAUUCUCAAAAUCAUAAUAAUAAUUUUGGUAGUUAUAAUAGAAAUAAUCACGACAAUGGAUCAUACAAUAAUAUUAUGAACAAGUCAUAUAAUAAUAAUAAUAAUAAUAAUCGUGGAACUAGCCAUAAUCAUGGUCAUAAUAUGAUAAGCUAUAAUAAUAAAUCAUCUCGAAAUAACAUGCACAAGUCAGGUGAUAUUCGAAAAGAUCUAAAAAGUAUCGAUGAGCGAAGUGAUACAAGAGGAGGAGGUGGAAGAAGUCAAACCAGAAGUGAUUUUUAUAAUAAUCAUAGAUAUGAUAAUAAAAAUAUAAAAAGAAGAAGAGACAACUCAUUUGAAACGAGACGAGAUGAAGAUAAUGAAAAUUAUUCAAAUAGAAGAUAUGAUAAAAAAAUAAGGAAUAAUGAUUAUGACAUGAAAUCUCGAAUACAUGAUGGAAAAAAUCAAAAAAAAUAUUCCAGAAAUAAUACAGAAAUGCAAGAUCCUUAUGCAUCUACAAAAGAUUCAAAUAAAUAUUACGAUAUAUCAAACAAUGGAAAACAUUCUGAAAAAAAAAACUGGAAAUUUCCCCCACCACCACCAAAUAUUCCUCCUUUAUAUGAUUCUCAAUCAAAAAAAAGGAACAAUAGCUUUUAUCAUGGAAGUGAUGAUUAUUAG